GAGCCAUUCACUGUUGCGAUUAAAUACAAAAAAAGAAGCAUUUCGCUAAGACAUUGUUUAUUUAAUUGUUUGCCGCUUAGCUAAAUAAAAUAUCAUGGCUGAUGACGACCGUGAUGAUCAGAAGGAGUACCGCUGGGAGACGGGCUACGAGAAGACAUGGGAAGCCAUCAAGGACGACGAGGAUGGACUGCUGGAUGGGGCCAUUGCGGAUAUUAUCCAGAAGGCCAAGCGCCAACGGCAGGCGCAAAAGACAAAACAGAAUCGGCUGGGAAUGAUGCGGCAUCUCUUCCUCAUACUCGACUGCUCCGAGUCGAUGAGUGUGCCCGACCUGAAGCCCACGCGGCUGCGUUGCACCCUCAAGCUGCUGGAUCAGUUCAUCGAGGAGUUCUUCGAUCAGAAUCCCAUUAGCCAGAUGGGCAUUAUUGCCCUGAAAGCGAAGCGAGCGGAGAAAAUAACCGAAUUGACGGGCACUUCGCGUGUGCAUCUCAAGGCACUGGAAAGCCUGGCAAAUGUGCCGCUGACCAGCGAGCCAUCGCUGCAGAACGGCCUGGACUUGGCAUUGAAGACCCUCAAAGUUGUGCCCUCGCACGCAUCGCGGGAGAUUGUCAUCGUGAUGGGCUCCCUGACCACCUGUGAUCCAGUGGACAUAAAUCUAACCAUCGAUGAGCUGAAGAAGGAGGGCAUACGCUGUUCGGUCAUCUCAUUGUCUGCAGAGAUUCACGUCGCUCGCUAUCUAACCCAACAGACAAGAGGCACUUUCGGCGCUGUCCUGGACGAUGCACAUUUUCGGGAUCAACUGAUGUCGCAGGUGGAUCCGCCGCCUGCGGCCAAGACACAGCACAACUCGCUCAUUCGCAUGGGCUUUCCGCACACCAAGAACGAGGUGGAGGGCAAGGAUGCACCGCUCUCGAUGUGCAUGUGCCACAUAGAGAAUCUGGAGGAGCCCAGCGAGCUCUGCACCACCGGCCACCACUGUCCGCAGUGCAAUAGCAAGUACUGCGAACUGCCCGUCGAGUGUCAGUCGUGUGGCCUCACUCUGGUCUCGGCGCCACAUCUCGCCCGCUCGUACCAUCAUCUGUUCCCCGUGCCCAACUUUGAGGAAAUUCCAUUCGAGUCGCUGCCGAAAGCCUCGGAACGCACCACGGAAUGCUACGCUUGCAUGAAGCUCUUUGGCCCACUGGCAGACAAGACGGUGUUCAAGUGCGGCUUCUGCAAGCAGCUGUUCUGCCUCGAUUGUGAUAUCUUCAUACACGACACGCUGCACGCCUGCGUGGGCUGCAACACCAUACCCGGCGUCGAUGGAUUGGUCUACCAACAGAGCAGCAAGACCGUCGCGGAUGAUGUGCAUGCCGGAACGUCCAAGCAUCGUGGACAGUUUAGCAUCUAGCUAGCCAUUUGCAUCUCCGAUCAUCUGCACUGUAAAUAGUUACUAAAAACCAACAACAACUCCAUCGUAGCAUAGGGCGAAUAAUAUACACCGAUUCAGUUCAAUUCCA